AUGGUACAGAUCUGGGAUAUAACCCAGCAAACACUCAAGAACACAUAUCAACUCCAUCCCGGUCUAAUUGGCCCUACGACGCUGUCACCUAAUGGAAGAUGGGUAGCUUCGGUUGAUGCGGGUGGGACCAUCGUAUUAGGUGACAUUAUGACAGGAUCGUUCCAAAGGGCAUUCAUCCCCAACGACUGUCCAUCUUCAAUCGCGUUUUUGUCCAAGGAUACAGAAAUUGCAUCUAUAACUCGUGACGAAGGGGUGGUCGAGGUGUGGAACAUCGUCACCGGUUCUCUUCAGUGUUCCUACGAAGGCAACACUGGUAGCAUCCUUUCUAUCGGUAUUCUGUCGGAUCGGCGAAGGGCAGCAAUGACAGCUUUUGAGACCAUUAGACUUCGGGAUAUGGAAAAUGAUGACAUCUUGCAAACCAUUUCAGGCCAUAAUGAUCACAUUCACGGUAUCCAGCUUUCUUCCGAUGGCCAGCAAGUGGUUUCCGCUUCCGAAGACAAUACACUCAGAAUCUGGAACGCCGAUUCAACACACUUUCAUCCGACCGCUUCCCGUCCCAUCGCUGACAUAGAAUACCUGGUUUUAUCACCCGAUUCUCAAAUCGUUGUAUCAGCGUGGUCAGACGGUCAGAUUCGAUUGUGUUCUAUGCAAACAGGAUCCCUGCUUCAUACCAUCAGAAACAUAAAUGCAAGGUCAACUAUGGAAUUUUCAUCCAACGGCAAGUACCUCACGAUACUAGAGGCCGACGACUAUAUUAGAAUUUAG